UAAUUGGUGUUGCCAAGUUUGACCUUUGAAUACAUUGACCCGGCAAAUAGUGGGAGUCUCGACUUCUGCUCGUUAAUCACAGAAACCAUCGAAUUUCGAAAUACUCGAUCAAUUUCCAAUUCUUCUCCUAGUUUUAUUUCUGCAGCUUCAAUGGAUGCCUUGGAUUCAGUUGUGGAUCCUCUCAGAGACUUCUCCAGGGACAGCGUCCGCCUUGUUAAACGUUGCCACAAGCCCGAUCGCAAAGAGUUCUCUAAGGUUGCGUUUCGUACCGCAAUUGGGUUCGUUGUCAUGGGAUUUGUUGGAUUUUUCGUCAAGCUCAUCUUCAUCCCCAUUAACAAUAUCAUCGUUGGAUCGGUUUAGAUUUUAGGUUAGGCGAAGAGUCGAAGAGAGAGCCAGAAUGACAGGAAUAUACAUUCUUUUUAUUAGAAUUCUAAACUGAAAGGAUUCGUCUCAAUUCUUUGUGUGCUAGGGUAAUUUUAUUCUUUUAAAUGUAUACUGGUAUAUUAUGCAUCAAAUUCAAUUGCAAUGAACCAUGUAUUGAAUAAUUAAAGGCUUAAAGCAAUGUGUAUUUUGAAUUAGUGGUUUUGUUUCA